AUGCCGAAAGGAAAGAAAGCCAAGGGGAAGAAGGUGGUUCCGGCCCCUGCUGGAAUGAAGAAACAGGAGGCCAAGAAAGUGGUGAAUCCCCUGUUUGAGAAAAGGCCUGAGAAUUUUGGCAUUGGACAGGACAUCCAGCCUAAAAGAGACCUCACCCACUUUGUGAAAUGGCCCCGCUAUAUCAGGUUGCAGCGGCAGAGAGCCAUCCUCUAUAAGCGGCUGAAAGUGCCUCCUGUGAUUAACCAGUUUACCCAGGCCCUGGACUGCCAAACAGCUACUCAGCUGCUUAAGCUGGCCCACGAGUACAGACCAGAUCCAAAGCAAGAGAAGAAGCAGAGGCUGUUGGCCUGGGCCGAGAAGAAAACUGCUGGCAAAGGGGACAUCCCCACUAAGAGACCACAUGUCCUUCGAGCAGGAAUUAACACCGUCACCACCUUGGUGGAGAACAAGAAAGCUCAGCUAGUGGUGAUAGCACACAACGUGGAUCCCAUCGGGCUGGUUAUCUUCUUGCCUGCCCUGUGUCAUAAAAUGGGGGUCCCUUACUGCAUUAUCAAGGGGAAGGCAAGACUGGGCCGUCUAGUCCACAGGAAGACCUGCACCACUGUCGCCCUCACACAGGUGCACUUGGAAGAUAAAGGCGCUUUAGCUAAGCUGGUGGAAGCUAUCAGGACCAAUUACAAUGACAGAUAUGAUGAGAUCCGCCGUCACUGGGGCAGCAAUGUCCUGGGUCCCAAGUCUGUGGCUCUUAUCGCCAAGCUUGAAAAGGCAAAGGCUAAAUAA